AUGUCCAAAAAUAACGAAGAGCUCUCCGACGACUUCGUCGCUUCUCUUCUCUCCAAAGAAGCCAGCGAGAAAAACAUCAAAUACUCAGCACUUGGACUACAAGCAUUCCUCCCGAAAAGAUCUGCGACAAAUGCCCCAAAACCAAAUACGCGUUUCCUCCGCAAUAUUGUUCGCGAAGCCGACAAUCAUAAUGCGGCACUACUUGCGAGGGAGGCAGAAGAAUCGAAGGAGCGAUUGCGUCAACUACACUUGAAGGAAAGAGCCAAACGUCGAGGUGAAGUGGAUGGAGUUCCUGUCGAGAAAUCCAGAGCAGCGCAGAGACCAGAUAGACAGAUUUACACAGUCGGGGCAAAGCGAAGAGGCGACGUUCUAGGAGUAGGGAAGGUAAAGAGGAUGGACGCACCAAAGGGCAUAGGAGCAGGUCCAUGGACAGAAGAAGUCGCAGUCCGAGUUUGGAGAAGGAAAAGGGACGGCGCAGAAAGGAGAGCAGAUCACGAGAUCGUAGGAGAUCAGGAGAACGCAGACGGGACAGAUCUCGAGAACAUCGAUCUGACAGCCGAAGGGAAAGUCACAGGCAUCAUUCCUCUCGCCAUUACGACUCGAAGGGCAAGGAAAGCUCCCGUCAUUCCCACCUCCACCUUGAGCUCCCAUAGAUCCGACAAGAAAGACCGCUCCUCAGAAACCACCUCAAAGUCGUACUCGUCGCGCCCUCGCUCUCCACGCCGUCGUCCCGAGGAAUCUGAUGCUGACCACGAGCGCCGUCGUAAACGUAGGAAGGAAAUGGAACUGGCCGAAGAGCCAGGUCGUUCCUCUCGUGCCUCUACCGACCCUCUGGAUGAUAUCAUUGGUCCUGGACCUGCUCCGGCUACACGCAUUCGGGGACGGGGCACCUUGUCAGGUGCCUCUGCUAUGGAUGCGCGGUUCAGCGAAAGCUAUGAUCCUUCUCUAGACGUACAGCCAGAUGUGGCUGACGGGGAUGAUUGGGAUGAUGCUCUCGAGGCAUACAGAGAUCGCCAGAAAUGGAAAGCCUUGGGAGCGGAGAGGUUGAGAACCGAGGGAUUCGGAGAAGAUUUCAUCAAGGCGUGGGAGAACAACGAUACAAAGAACACGGCGAACAUCAAGUGGUCGAAGGAGGGCGUAAGGGAAUGGGAUAGGGGGAAAGUGAUUGAAGAAGGGGAGGUGAAGGUGAAGGCUAUCUGGUCGAAGGAUUAA